UUCCGGUUGGCAAGAUGGUGGCGCGCGGCAGGAAGCGUGCGGCGCGGGAGUCUGAGAAGGGGAUUCUGAGCCCGCCGGGCUACUCAGCCAUUCCCAUCAAAUUCUCUGAAAAGCAGCAGUCUUCUCAUUACCUCUAUGUGAGAGAGCACAAAGUUCGAGAAGGCACCAAGUCUUCCUGGCCUCAGAAACGGACCCUUUUUGUCCUCAAUGUGCCCCCAUACUGCACAGAGGAGUGCCUGUCCCGCCUGCUGUCCCCCUGCGGCCCUGUCCAGUCGGUGGAGUUACAGGAGAAGCCGGAUCUUGCUGAGAGCCCAAAGGAGCCAAAGUCAAAGUUCUUUCACCCCAAGCCAGUUCCUGGGUUCCAGGUGGCCUACGUGGUGUUCCAGAAGCCACGUGCGGUGUCAGCUGCCUUGGCCCUGAAGGGCCCUCUGCUGGUCUCAACAGAGAGUCACCCUGUGAAGAGCGGCGUUCACAAGUGGAUCAGAGACUACGCAGACUCCGUGCCGGACCCCGAGGCCCUGAGAGUCGAGGUGGACACGUUCAUGGAGACGUACGACGAGAAGAUGGCUGAGGAGGAGGCUAAGGCCAAGGAGGAGGAAGGGGUCCCUGACGAGGAGGGCUGGGUGAAGGUGACCCGCCGCGGCCGGCGGCCGGUGCUCCCGAGGACGGAGGCGGCCAGCCUGCGGGUGCUGGAGAGGGAGAAGCGGAAGCGUGCACGCAAGGAGCUGCUCAACUUCUAUGCCUGGCAGCACCGCGAGACCAAGAUGGAGCAUCUCGCGCAGCUGCGCAAGAAGUUCCAGGAGGACAAGCAGAGGAUCGAGCUGAUGCGGGCCCAGCGCAAGUUCCGACCCUACUGAGCCUCACCCCCCGCGGGCCCCGUGGAGAGGGGUGGGGACUGGGUGGCAGUGCGUGGCCAGCGAGGACACAGGGCCUGCAACACUCAUCUCAGCAGCCGUGCCCAGGCUGAGGGACCACACGUCAGCCCCAGAGAUCUGAGCCCACGUCAUGUGGGGUACAGGACAGUGUCACCCCUUGGCUCCUGUGCUUCGGCAGUCCUGGGGCCCGGCGCAAGGACCUGGACUCCGGAAGCCACUGGCCCAGGAAGUGGCUCCUUCCCUGUCAUGGGCUCUGUCCCCAGCCUGUCUCUGGACUCUCCUCUUAGGGCUAAGUGUCUGCUGUGUUCUCCCCUUCCGCCUAACGGAGAAGCCCCAUGGGCAGUGAGACAGCCUCAAACGCAGAAGGAAUACAAGAACAUUUUAUUUUUCAUCCAGCUGGGCGGCAAGAGAAGGCUACAAAAGGCCGGUGGGCCUAUCCCAGCCCCUCCCUCUGCCUGCUACCCAGUCACAAAACAGGUAACUCCCACACCCAGACACCGUCUCCCCCUUGAAGUCACAGAUGUUAGCGUCAGAAUCUUGUAUCCGCCCCCCCGUCCCCCCCGCGCCGGCUCUGCCACAGGAUUCUCUUCCGGCCACGCUGGUCUUCAGGACCAGGGGGCCCUGUCCCCACCACGCCUGGCCUGGGCUUGGGAGCUGGGAGUCUGGGGCUGAGCAGGCGUCUGUAGCCCCUGGCCCAGGGCUACAGGUGGGCUGGGAUCCUCUCCUUGCUCUGUAAAAAGGAGCUGAUGAUACCAGCCAUGUGCUGGGGUUGGUUCAUGUGGACGUAGUGGUUGCCGGGGACUUGCUCGUACUGGAACCUCUGGGGAAGGGAGGGGACACGUGGUGAGAUGAUCCAGUGGAGGGCUCUGCGGGCCCCUCUGGCGCACUGGGGCUUUCCCACGGCCUGCUGCCUCCCAGUGGUUCCAAGUGUCCACCACAGGAGCCUUGGCAGUGCCUGACCCGUGGCCUCGCGGGCCCCAGUCAGUCACAGCACCCCCUGGGGGGUGUCAGGGCCUGGCUCAAAACCAGUGAGAAAGGCCUGUCUGGGAGGGAAGAGCCCAAACCCUGGGGUUCUAGGCCAUUCUGAGCUGAAGUUGUAGAGCUAGGCUGGGGAGGGGGCUGGUAGUCGGGGCUGCUGCUGGUUCUGAGCAUCUUAUAAGGUCCACUUGCAAAAGGAAUAGACCAUCAGCCUUUCAAACUCGCCCUUGCUCGGGAGAAAGGCCGACAAGGCAGGAAGGCACUGCAGUUGGCCAGCCAGCCACACGGGCUUCCCUCUAGUGACACCCAGUCGUCUGCACAGGCCCCAGGGUCAGGUGUUUAUGGUGGAUGAUGGUCAUAAAAUGCCAGGUGCUCCCAGGAACCCAGGCAAAGGGCAAAGUCACAGCACACGUCCCAGCCCUCCAACUGGGAGGCCAGCACCCACUGAUGAGACUGGUCAUCUGUUCCCGUGUGGGACCCUAGGAAAUCGUGGCAGUGCUGAGUUGGGUGUGGCGCAGGGAAUAUGUGAGGACAAUAAAGCCAGGAGAUUCUGCCAAUGAGAAGUCUGCUUUCUGUGCUGAUUUAUGUGACCCCCCCCCCAGGUCUCCAGGGACCGCAGCAGGGAGUGAGGUCUGGUAGCUCCUGGGGGUCACCUGUUAGACCUAGGGCCAGACCAGAGGUCCCAGUGCAAGAAAAGAGAAGAGAUGGGUGAGCUGGGGCCCGGGGCGGCCUGGCAGCCCCUCCUGGAGCCCAGCUGCCCUGAGCCCUACGUACCCACCUCUUUCAGGGUGGAUCUCAGUGAGCUGGUCACGAAUAGCACGAGCUCCGUGUUGGCAUCAUUCUCUCUCCUCAGAUCGUAAAACCCUUGGGUUGCUCUGGGAAACGAGAAGAAAGGUUCAUCUGGGACCACCUCCUUGCAUGCUCUCCCCCAGCCCUGGGCUCCAGGCUCUGAGACCAGCCUGGGCGUCCCUCCAAUCUUCCCACAGCUGGCUCCCUUGGAGCCCAGGUUUAAUUCAGGAUUGAGUUAUUCGGUCCCCGCAGGCACUCACAGCUCACUGAGGCCUGCUCAAGUGAAGCAAUUCAGGUUUAUCUCAGGGGACCUGGCCAUGGUCACAGCCACUGAAUGGCGGAGCUGGGAUCUGAACAGGCUCAGAGUCCGUGCGUUCUCUUUCUCUUUUAGCAGCUUUCUGGAGAUAAUUUCACCCAUUUAAAGUGUACAGUUCCGUGGAUUUUGGUAUAUUCAGAGUUGUGCAAGCAUCACCACUGUCAAUUUUAGAACAUAAUUAACCACCUCAACAACAACAGAAAGUCCCGCACCUACAGUUUCCACAUAGAGCUCCCUGUCUUACACAACCACUGAUCGGCCUUGUCUCUGUAUGUUUCCCUAUUUGGACUUGCAUGUGGAUGGAAUCAUACGCUCCCUGGACUCCUGUGCCUGGCUUCUUUCAAUUAGCCUAAUGUUGUCAAGGUCCGUCCAUGUCACAGUGUGUAUCAGUGCUUCAUUCCGCUUGCCACUGAACAAGAGUCUGUUGUGUGGAUGGAGCAUGUUUUGCUUAUCUGUCCAUUGAUGGACAUCUGGGUUGCCUCCAACACUAUUCGUUCGAUCAGGAAAGAUGCUGCUGUGUGCCAUCAGUACAAGCUGUUGUGUGCACAGAUGCUGGAAACACACCUGGGAGUGGAACUGCGGGGUCAUGGUAAUUUAAUGGCUUGAGAAACUGCCAGACUCUUUCAAAGCGGCUGCACCAUUUUACAAUACCAGGGGCUUCCCUGGUGGCACAGUGGUUAAGAAUCC